GCUGGGCCGAGGGCCCGGCCGCCUCCCCGCCGCAGGCCCCGGAGCUGCAGGCCGGAGGCCGGGGCUGGGGCGGCGCCGGGGGCGGCCGCCUGGCCGCCGAGCCGUGGAGGAGGCGGGAGCCCGAGGAGCUGGGCGCCUCCGAGGUGCUGCUGCAGCCCGGGCGCCUGGAGCUGGGCGACGUGGAGGAGGACCAGGUGGUGGCCGUGUUCGUGGUCACCUUCGAUCCCCGCUCGGGAAACAUGGUGGAGUGGUGUUUACCUCAAGAUAUUGACCUCGAAGGUGUUGAGUUCAAGUCGAUGGCCAGUGGGUCGCAUAAAAUCCAGUCUGAUUUUAUCUAUUUCCGGAAAGGGCCCUUCUUCGGCCUGGCCUGCUUCGCCAACAUGCCUGUGGACAGCGAGCUGGAGCGCGGCGCCCGCAUGAAGUCAGUGGGCAUCCUUUCUCCGUCCUACACCCUGCUUUACCGGUACAUGCACUUCCUGGAGAACCAGGUUCGGCACCAGCUGGAGAUGCCUGGACAUUACUCCCAUCUGGCUGCCUUCUACGAGGACAAGAAAGGGGUGCUGCGUGCUGGUCCGGGGAGAGGCGGCAGCCUGCCCCCCGUCUGCUGGCUACCUUCCAUCCACCGGUACAUGUACCCUGAGAUGAAGAUCACACACCCAGCUGGCUGCAUGUCUCAGUUCAUUAAAUUCUUUGGAGAACAGAUCCUUGUCCUUUGGAAAUUUGCCUUACUUCGGAAGCGCAUUUUGAUAUUUUCUCCCCCUCCUGUGGGUGUCGUGUGCUACAGAGUGUACUGCUGCUGCUGCCUGGCCAAUGUGUCCCUGCCCGGCAUCGGGGGCACCAUUCCCGAGUCCAAGCCUUUCUUCUACGUGAACGUGGCUGACAUCGAGAGCCUGGAGGUAGAGGUGUCCUAUGUGGCCUGCACCACAGAGAAGAUAUUUGAGGAGAAGCGGGAACUGUAUGACGUGUACGUGGACAACCAGAACGUGAAGACACACCACGACCACCUGCAGCCCCUGCUGAAGAUAAACAGCGCUGACCGGGAGAAGUACCGGCGGCUCAACGAACAGAGGCAGAUGUUGCUGUACUCCCAGGAAGUGGAGGGGGACUACAACCCGUGUGAAGAGGACCUGUUCGUGCUGUUUUUCCUGGAGCAGAACAACCGGAUAUUUCAGACUUUGUUGGAGGUGUCCGCCAGUCAAGACAAAACUCUGACAGCCGAGCACGCCCGGGUCAUGGGUCUGGACCCCCAGGGAGACCGCAGCUUCCUGCUGGACCUGCUGGAGGCCUAUGGCAUCGAUGUCAUGUUGGUCAUUGACAACCCCUGUUGUCCAUAGGAGGAGUCAGCCCGGACUGGUGAGCCGCUCCCGUGGGGACUCACCCCAGGCCCCAGAGGACUCGUUUUUUUUAUUCAGUACGAAGGAAUAUUGUUUCUACUUCCCAACAAAUGUAAUUUUUGCAAUCUCCUUUCCUCCCAUGCUCCCUAGAGGUAAGAGGAGACUGCCAUAGCUUUGUGUCCUGCUGUGGCAGGACGCCGGAGUCGACCACCUUCUCCCAGGGUGGCUGCCUGGUUUGCUCAUCGGCGUUCACAAAGUUGACUGUCUCGUGUCCUUGUUGAGUGACGUCAGGGGGUGUGGCGAAGGCCACAGGUCAUUAGGAGCCACCCGAGCCCUGGAAACACUGGGUGGACCGUUCUGGAAAUCUGUCUGGUCUGUGUCCCUUGAUGUAGUCACGAGUGAGACAGCUGUCUGCCCAGUGUGGCCUUGGAUGUCCACCUGCCCACAGGUGGAAGCUAGACCAGGUGACCUUCCAUUUUAGCUCUGGGAGUCCAGUCUUGGGACCAGGUCUCCUUUUUCCUGUGUAUUAGGACAAAGCUGCGUCUUCCCUGUUCACAUGAGUAGAGACCCCAACGUGGGACAGAAGGAUGUUUCCGACACCAAGUUUGAGCUUCUCUCAGGACAGGAUGACAGGGAGAGGCUGCUUGUCAGCCAGCUGAACACUACAGUGUUAGAAUGAAGCCUUGAAUCAUUCCUCACAGUAAGUUAACGGGGACCACUCCAUGUAAUAUUCCUCUUUCUUGGAAUCGCCACCUCUUGAGAUGGGUUGACAAAUUCCCAAGGACCAGUGCCGGCCCUGAAGCUUGCAAGCACAUGCAUCUUCCACUUUAGUCUCCUUUAAGGGCUAAGCAUCCUCUGGGAGUAAUUUGGGUAUUUUUAAAGAGUAGCGGGUGCGGCCACCAGAAGCGGACCAGUUGAGGCAGAGGAUAGAGAAGAGGUUUCUUCAGCCGGACAGCAGUCCUCAGGAGGAGUUACUGG